AAGAAUAAUUAUCCCGGAGAAUGCCCUGAGAUAGAGGCAGGGAUCUGCCUCGAGGAAUGCUCCUCUCACGAGGACUGUCGGGAUUCGACCAUCUGCUGUUUCAAUGGGUGCGGGCACAUCUGCACGCCGGCAGCGACUUCUUGCGAGGAGGCGUGGUGUCCGCCGGAGUUCGACUGCGUCUUGUCCCAGAUCAUCUGCGACGCGAUGCCCGGCCUCUGCCCCGAAGUCACGCACUGCGUCCCUGAAGGUCACGUAACAUGCGACGACAUGACAUGCGUGGAGGGAUAUCACUGCAUCAUGCAGGAGAUGGGAUGCGAGGACUGCUAUCCCUACGCCGACUGCGUGCCAGACAUCCUCCCCAAGAGACCGAAGAUUCCCGAUCACCUGUUCCGGCCUCCUCCGCCUGGAACCAAGAUGAACCUCCUCCAGCUGAUGGCCGGCGGGCGUCCGCUUCAACCGUGUUCUCAUGAAUUUUUCUGCGAUGAAGCGAAGAAUAAUUAUCCCGGAGAAUGCCCUGAGAUAGAGGCAGGGAUCUGCCUCGAGGAAUGCUCCUCUCACGAGGACUGUCGGGAUUCGACCAUCUGCUGUUUCAAUGGGUGCGGGCACAUCUGCACGCCGGCAGCGACUUCUUGCGAGGAGGCGUGGUGUCCGCCGGAGUUCGACUGCGUCUUGUCCCAGAUCAUCUGCGACGCGAUGCCCGGCCUCUGCCCCGAAGUCACGCACUGCGUCCCUGAAGGUCACGUAACAUGCGACGACAUGACAUGCGUGGAGGGAUAUCACUGCAUCAUGCAGGAGAUGGGAUGCGAGGACUGCUAUCCCUACGCCGACUGCGUGCCAGACAUCCUCCCCAAGAGACCGAAGAUUCCCGAUCACCUGUUCCGGCCUCCUCCGCCUGGAACCAAGAUGAACCUCCUCCAGCUGAUGGCCGGCGGGCGUCCGCUUCAACCGGUGGACCCCAGGAUGUUCCAGGGCCAGAAAUCGAUCAUUGAUGAACUCGCGAAGGAAUCCAGGGCCAAGUUCUUCGAGAGAGUCAAGAAUAAGAAGUGAAAGGGAGGUCGAUGGGGGUCAAGCCGGUUGGACAACUCCCUUCUAAGAGAAUACAAUUUCC